AUGAUCUUUUUUAAGGAUUUUUUUUUUAGAACACUUUCCGCCAUUUUUCCUGUUCUGGAUUAUUUUCUAUUGCUUUUGUCUCUGUUGUUUCCUUCCACCAUUGUCAUUUUAAUUCUUUCCUUCUUCCUUUCUUUCAUUCUUUUUCUUUUUCUUUCUUUCUUUCUUUCUUUCUUUCUUUCUUUCUUUCUUUCUUUCUUUCUUCACCCUAGUUCCUUCUUUCUUUCUUUUUCUUUCUUUUUCUUUCUUUCUUUCUUUCUUUCUUUCUUUCUUUCUUUCUUUCUUUCUUUCUUUCUUCACCUGAGUUCCUUCUUUCUUUUCCUUUUUUUUUUUUUCUUUCUUUCUUUAUUUCUUUCUUUCUUUCUUUCUUUCUUUCUUCUCCUGAAUAUUGCUUUCUUUCAUUUUUUUUUCUUUCUUUAUUUUUCUUUCUUUCUUUCUUUAUUCUCCCUCGUUCGUUCGUUCUUUCUUUCUUUUUUUGCUUUCUUUUUCUUUCUUUCUUUCUUUCUUCCUUUCUUUCUUCAACCAAUUCUUUCUUUCUUUUUUUCUUUUCUUUCUUUCUUUCUUUCUUUCUUUCUUUCUUUCUUUCUUUCUUUCUUUCUUUUCCCUACGUCAUUCUUUCUUGCUCUCUUUUUUUCUUCUUUCUUGCUUGCUUCAGAGAGCACCUGUCCUUUCUCUCUAGCUCAUUUUUGCCGCCUUCACAUUUUCUUUCUUUCUUUCUUUCUUUCUUUCUUUCGUCUUUUCCCCCCCUUUCCUUUUCAUUCCUCUACUUUCUUUUACAUCACCUUCCUUCCUUCCUUCCUUUAUCUUUUCUCUCUCUAUUUUAUCUUCACCUUCUGUCCCCCCCUCUCCUUCCUUUCUAUCCUUCUGUUUCCUCUCCCUCCUUUUCUUUCCUUGCAAUGUUUCAUUCCUCAUUCAUUGUGUCUAACUUCAAAAUUUAUUAUUCUUUCUCUGUCUCUGUCUCUCUGUCUCUCUGUCUCUCUCUCUCUCUCUAUCUAUCUAUCUAUCUAUCUAUCUUUGUUUUCUUUGGGGUUUUUUUUACAGUAA